ACUGUAGAGCGGGGUUGGUAUUUGUCUGAAAUAGCCGAGCAUGUCAGUAAUCCGUCAUUUCAACUCGUGGAUCCCAGUGGCAGCAACCCGUGAAAUUUCCACGGGCAACUUUUCUGACUGAACUUCACCUUUUGGGUCGCCAUUUUGCUCAGCGAAGCUAACGGAUAUUAAAGUCUAAUGAGGAGGACGCGUGUUUUUGGAGGUGAGGGAAGAAAGAAGGGAGGGGAGAGUCUCCAAGUGCAAAGCCUGAGUAGUAGUAGUUAAAAUGUGAGGUACGGGCUGCGUCUCUCCUCAGGACACCGACUGCUUUUUUUUAUUUCCAGCGGCUAAUACCUGCUUUAUCAUGGAAAUGAUUUACUCGGGCGUCCAGUACUUUAUGGUUUUCUUCCUGUUUUAUGUGCAAGAGGGAUUAUCAAGGGAUUACUCGGCGCAUCUUGGACAAAACAUUCUCUUAAAGAGGGGCAAGCGUCAAAGCAAACCAGCCAAACCAGUGCUGAAGGUGACUGACUACCACGUGAAGUGUUCUGUAGUAUCCCGCUACGCUGUCACCACCAUCCACAGUUCCAUAUGGAACCAGCUGGGUAUCACCAAAGAGGCUGCCUUUGAGGUCGACCUACCAUCGUCUGCUUUUAUAUCCAACUUCUCCAUCACCUCCAACAACAAGGUGUACGCAGCCCAGGUGAAGGAACGAGCCACUGCCAGGAAAAUCUACGAUGCCGCUAAGAAGCAAGGAAAAACAGCAGGACUUGUCGCUACAAAAGAGAGGGAGAUUGAGAAGUUUCGUGUGGCAGUGAGUGUACCGCCAGGUACUCGGAUGUCCUUCUCUGUGACGUACGAAGAUCUGUUACCUCGCCGACUCGGCCGAUACGAGCUCAGCGUGGGUCUGAGGCCCGGCCAGCCUGUGCAGAACCUUACGUUGGAUGUAACAAUAGCAGAGCGAACAGGCAUCAGUUUCAUCAAGGCCCUCCCGCUGAGGACCAGCAGACUACUUUCUAAUAAGGCUCAAGGUGAUGCAGACCCUCCUGCAUCUACUCAAGUUGAACAGAGUCCGGACUGCGCUCGUGUUCGCUACAGUCCCACUCUUCAUCAGCAAAAUAUGAUUUCCCCCAAAGGUCUGAAUGCAGACUUUGUCAUUCAGUAUGAUGUGAACCUCACAGACCUCAUGGGUGACAUCCAGGUGUUUGAUGGCUACUUCGUUCAUUACUUUGCACCGAGAGGACUUCCUGUGGUUCCCAAGGAUGUCAUAUUUGUCAUUGAUGUCAGUGGCUCCAUGAUAGGCACCAAAAUAAAACAGACCAAACAGGCAAUGAGCACCAUCCUCGGGGACCUGAGGGAAGGAGACCACUUUAACAUCAUCACUUUCUCAGAUACGGUUCACAUGUGGAAGAAAGGACGAACGGUGCGGGCCACUCGGCAGAACGUACGAGACGCCAAAGAGUUCGUAAAGAGGAUCAUUGCCGAAGGAUGGACUAACAUCAACGCAGCUCUGCUCUCGGCUGCCCAGCUCGUGAACCCUCCAUCUUCUGGCUCUCGUCGUGUCCCUCUUGUCAUUUUCCUCACCGACGGCGAGGCUACUAUGGGAGUAACCGCCGGUGACACCAUCCUGAGCAAUGCCAAAAAGGCGCUGGGUUCAGCAUCUCUCUUCGGCCUCGCUUUCGGGGACGAUGCAGAUUUCCUGCUCCUGAAACGUCUGGCUCUGGAUAACAGGGGCGUCACUCGCAUGGUCUACGAAGACGCAGACGCCGCCUUACAGCUGAAGGGCUUCUACGAUGAAGUCGCCAGCCCGUUGCUGUCGGACAUUCAGCUGAAUUAUCUGGAUGAUCAGGCAUUUGAUGUCACCCGCUCCUUGUUCCCGAACUACUUCCAAGGGUCUGAGUUGGUGGUGGCUGGAAGGUUUAAACCGGGACUGAAGGAUUUGAAAGUGUCCCUAUCCGCCUCUGAUGCCAAGCAGCGUGUCAAGAUGGAGAAUUACGUCUUGAUCGCCUCCGCUACAAGCGAGAACAGCACUUCACAUUUGUUCGGGUGCUCGGCGGGUUCUAAAGGCAUCUCCAGUUUUGUGCACCGCGUCUGGGCGUAUUUCACCAUUAAGGAGCUGCUCCUGGCCAAACUCAACACCACUGAUGUUGUCACCCAGAAGCUGCUGGCAGACAAGGCUACCAAUCUGUCCCUGAAAUAUAACUUUGUUACACCCGUCACGUCUUUAGUUGUAGUCAAACCAGAUGCAGAUGAAAAAACUCCAACCACUGCAAAGCCUGCUGUAACCAUGACGACGACAAGCCCAGCUACAAACAAAACAUCAGCUGCUGGUGCCGCAAAGAGAUCCAGCUCCUCCUCCGACCCGAGAGCCAACAAAAUAAAGCCAAGCCCUCCUCAGGCACCUCCGAGACAACCUAAAAAAACACCAGUACCACUUUUCACUGCAAAAAUUGCCAAAACGACAACCUCCACCCCCACUUCCACUAAAACCCCCCCAGCACCAUUCUCUGGCAGGAAGCCUUCCCAAAAUGAUUCUAAAAUUUCCACCUCUUCGCUCCAUUUUCUCAAGACAGCCCCGCCUCCCGCACCCGGAAAAGUCUCCACCCCCUUUCCCGGCACUUUGAGCACAACGCCAGUCUCCACAAGCACCACGGCGCCCAGCGCACCUCCUUUUCUAACCCCCCAGCCUCCUACCAAGGGGGCCGAGCUGGAGAGCGGCACCGCAUCUCCCGUGGGUCAUCCAAACAUCACCACUACGCUGCCACAGCUCUUGUCCACGCCCACUCCAGCCGCUGCUCCAGAUUUAGAAGGAAACCACAGAAACGCUGCCGCUGAGAGCGAUGAGCACGUGGCCACCCUGGUGGAAGCCACCUUUGCCCCAAUGCCUGGUGUAACGGGGGGGCCGAGGCUGUGGGAGGCGGCAGGACUUCUGGAUGUCUCUACCUCUAUUCAAAUCCAGAGAAAAGAUAUUGACCUAGUGAAAGACUAUGACGCAACCUACGAUUACGACUAUGAUCGCAACUACGAUGCCUGGGACAAUGCUGCAGACACAGAAUCCUUUGUGCUGGGAAACGAGGACGACUGUCCUUUAGUUGAAUGUCUUGUGCUUUUAGAACCUCCAUCCAGACUGAGUGCUGAGCACUUUUCAUCGUCAGUUGACGGAGAUCCUCAUUUUGUGGUUCAGUUGCCGAAGCAACAACAGAACUUGUGUUUCACCGUUGAUGGCAGAGCUGAUGAUGUGCUCAGGCUGGUAGAGGACCCACAGAUAGGUCUCAUAGUGGAUGGCCACCUAACCGGAGCUCCCUCCAAGCAUGGUGUCGAAAACCACCCCAGAACAUACUUUGACCAGCUGACCAUCUCCGCCACCGCGGGACGCUCCGGCGACAUCAUGAUCACAGUCUCAUUACACGAGGUGGUUUUAGAAGGGGAGGCACGGGCUACUCUUAGCAUCAAUCAAACGGGAUCGAUAACGAGGCAGGGCGUGACGAUCGCCGUGGACAAUCACCGGGGCUGCUGGAUCGACUUGACCAAAGGCGUGCAGUUCCUGGUUCUCUUCCACCGCUACAAGCACCCCAGCUACCUGCAGAUCGCUCACCUGGGUUUCUACAUCACGCGUGGAGAAGGGCUGUCAGUCGCCACUCAAGGCCUGCUGGGCCAGUUUCAGUAUGCCGACAUGAGUGUAGCAGCAGCAGCGACGGACCACCAAGAUGCAGACCUCCAUCGUGAUAACCAGAAGGGAACUUCGGCGCAGGGCAUCCUGAAGUGGAAGUCAGAACUGAUGGCAGUCACCUUGCAGGACAAGAUGCUAAAAGACACGGUCCUGACACGGCAUGCGGCCCAGUGUUGGGUGGUGCCAAAGUGGGAGGUGGAGAGACUACUCGGCCAUCCGUAUGAGAGCUACGUGGUGGAUCGUGUGUCGUUCUAACCAAGUCAGCCCUCCACCCUCCAAGUCGGUAUCAUGACAUGACCAUUAACAAAGGAUGAACAUGAGCGGCGACUUCAUCGGAUUUCAGUGUUGUGAUAUUUUUCCUAGUGACAUUGUCUGCUUUUCUGUGCGGAGCAGAUUAGACUCGGCAGUGAAAGCUGCAUCCGCAGAUUAAAAAAACAAGGACACACACACACAAAUAAUACGUUGUCGGUGCCUUCGCCGUCAUUGAAGUGCAUUUAAGCCGCUUGUUCUCUUGUUCACAUGGCAACCAUGGAGUCUGUUUGUGCAGUCAGCAGCAGCUGGGAUAGCCGAUAGUAAAAAUGUCUAUAUUUUAUAAAUCACUUCUAAUUGUCUACAAUUGUAUUACUAUGAUGCGGUACUGUUAAGUAAAAGAGCGUUUCACCUUGAAAUACAAUCACAGACACUUUUCCCAGAUUCGCCAUGUGCUUUUUUUUUUUAUUUUUCUAUCAUUUCAUUCAUAGUUUAAUUCAAUGUAUUUGUUACACAAGACAUUAGGCAUUGUUCACAUACUAGUGAUCAAACAAGGACAGUAAGUUUUCUACUACUCAGCCUAUUUUUUUUUAUUUUAGUCAAUUCCAAGGUAUCGUCAAUAAUGGCUCUCAAAAGCCAAACGAUGAGAAUUAAAACAGUACAACCACUCGCAGGGCUUUUUGUUUUCAAUAAAUAAAAGCAGUCGAUGUAAAGAGUACUGCAUGUGGUACUGAGGAAGGAGCACAUGAAAAGAGUAUUCCAGUUAUUACCAGCUUGUAUUUUCCAGUGACACAACACUGGAAUGAUCCGUUUGAGAAGAUACCCCAAAACAUAUGACACUGCAAAUAAACAAACAAAUAAACAAAAAAAAAA